ACCAGCUGCCUCCUCGGGCUCAUUCGUGUUGGAAAAAAAGGGACAGGGUGGGGGCAGGACACCAACUGUUUCACCAAUGAAGCCCGCUCCCCGCCGUCCUCCUCGCCCCCUCCCUCUCGGCUCCUUCCUUGCCCCUCCUCCUCUAAGUCACCGCCGUCCAGUUUCCCCGCCCCACCCUCGCCACCCCCGACCCCAAGACUGGCCAGCGGCUCCCUAACCCCGGGCUCGGAGGCCGAUGACCCCGGGAGACAGGGGCCUCGAGGGGCCGCAAGCUAGUGCGCCGCGGGCUGAGCCUGAGAGGCCAGACUGGGGGGGAGGAGGCCAAGAGGGAGGGAGCGAAGGAAGGAGGAGGGCUGGCGAGCUGGAGCCGGCAGGCGGCGGGAGCCCGGGCGAGCCUCGUCGAGAGUGCGUCUCCCCGGCAGAGCAGGACGCAGCCGGAGCACAUCCAGGUGACUGAGCUCCACCCCUGGGCACUGACUGGUCAAGAUUCCCUGGAGAGGCAGAUCUGGAAGUCCCAGCACGGGAAUCAGAGGUCCCUAACCAGUUUCAGAGAUGGGGAAGCAGCAAGCUUGCUCCCCUCAUCAAUCACAGGGAUAAUUAAGAAAAGGCCCCACCAACAUGGAGGCUAAGGACCACUACCUCUACUGAGUCUCUGCCUUCUGCCCUGCCCACGGCACCUUAGCUGGGUCCCUCAUGCAAUGCUGAGGAGUAAAGGAGACUUGGGGUCAUCUUGCCUGGCUACAGGGCAAGAAUUGUGGGCAUCAUGGGGGUGUGUGUGAGCGGGGCUCCAGGGUGAGACCUAGCCCCCGCCCCCAGGAGUUCAAGGGGGUGGGGGUGGGGCUGAGAAAAGGAUGGCUCGGGGUGCCCUGGGGGCAGAAGAGGCCUCCCUCCGCUCAAACGCACUGUCCUGGCUGGCCUGUGGGCUCCUGGCCCUGCUGGCUAACGCCUGGAUCAUCCUUAGCAUUUCCGCCAAACAGCAGAAGCACAAGCCGCUGGAGCUGCUGCUCUGCUUCCUGGCGGGCACACAUAUACUCAUGGCGGCUGUGCCCCUCACCACCUUUGCCGUGGUGCAGCUCCGGCGCCAGGCGUCCUCUGACUAUGACUGGAACGAGAGCAUCUGCAAGGUCUUUGUGUCCACCUACUACACGCUGGCCCUGGCCACCUGCUUCACAGUGGCCUCGCUCUCCUACCAUCGCAUGUGGAUGGUGCGCUGGCCCGUCAACUACCGCCUCAGCAACGCCAAGAAGCAGGCCCUGCAUGCCGUCAUGGGCAUCUGGAUGGUCAGCUUCAUCCUUUCCACCCUGCCCUCCAUAGGCUGGCAUAACAACGGCGAGCGCUACUAUGCCCGAGGCUGCCAGUUCAUAGUCUCCAAGAUUGGUCUCGGCUUUGGUGUUUGCUUCAGCCUCUUGCUUCUUGGGGGCAUUGUCAUGGGUUUGGUCUGCGUGGCUAUCACUUUCUACCAAACACUGUGGGCCCGGCCCCGGAGGGCUCGGCAGGCCCGGAAAGCUGGGGGCAGUGUGGGAGCCAAAGUGGGUGGGCUGGGGGGCUUGGGUACCCGACCGGCUUUUGAGGUGCCAGCCAUUGUGGUGGAGGAUACUCGAGGGAAGCGGCGAUCCUCAUUGGAUGGCUCAGAAUCUGCCAAGACGUCUUUGCAGGUCACCAACUUGGUCAGCGCUAUCGUCUUUCUCUACGACUCACUCACGGGGGUACCCAUCUUGGUGGUGAGCUUCUUCUCCUUGAAGUCCGACUCAGCUCCACCGUGGAUGGUGCUGGCUGUGCUGUGGUGUUCCAUGGCACAGACUCUGCUCCUGCCCUCCUUCAUCUGGUCCUGUGAGCGCUACCGCGCUGACGUGCGCACGGUGUGGGAGCAGUGUGUGGCUAUCAUGUCGGAGGAUGAUGGCGAUGACGGUCAGAGGAGGGAUGGGGACUUUUAUUUCUUGGACAGCUACCUCUAUUUUCUGUCCUUUCUCCUGCCCUUCUCCUUGAGGAGAUGUGCUGCCCUGGAGUGCCCCCUACUGGGCUGAACUGGAGCCAGCUCCAGUCUCCCCAUAGCCUGAUUAUGCCCUCUGUCAUCCCUGCCUUGUUCCUUUCUGCACCGAGGGAGCUUUCCACUAGGCCUCUGCUCCUCUCUAGAGGCCUACGCUGCCCUGUUUGGUCUGUGCCAAGUAGACUUCCGGGGAAAGGGUCCUCAGUCCUAAUGCAAAGAGAGUGUGGCCUUAAAGGAAGCUAAACUUCCUGAAAGAGAGAGUCCCUGCUUUUGGAGAAGAACAAGCAAAAAGAGAGAGAGAGAGAGAGAGAGAGAGAGAGAGAGAGAGAGAGA